AUAUUGGGUUUCUCCAAAGACAAUCUUAAAGGCAUUGGAUUGGCUGUCAUUUCAUGCGGGUUCAUAUGUGCAAGCUUCAUCAUCAAGAAAAAAGGCCUAAAAAAAGCCGUUGCUGCUUUUGGUGUCAAGGCUGGUGUCAGGAGUUAUUCAUUUCUCGUGGAGCCUCUAUGGUGGUUUGGCAUGAUCACAAUGAUCAUUGGUAAAGUUGCGAAUUUUGUGGCAUAUGCAUUUGCUCCUGCAGUGCUUGUCUCUCCUCUUGGUGCAUUGAGCAUCAUUAUCAGUGCGGUACUAGCUCACUUUAUGUUGAAGGAGAGGCUACACUGGCCAGGGAUAUUAGACUGUGUCAUGUGUAUUGUUGGUUCUAUAAUAAUUGUUAUUCAUGCACCAUACAAGCAGCCCAUCUCUUCUGUUCAGGAAAUAUGGACUAUGGUGACACGGUCAGCAAUUUUGUUAUAUGUGGGAUCGGUGAUUAUUCUCGUUUUCUAUUUUGCACCUCAAUGUGGCCACUCAAAUGUACUUGUUUUCACUGGCAUUUGUUCGCUUAUGGGUUCUCCCUUGGUCAUGAGCAUUAAAGCUAUUGGAACUUCACUGAAGUUGACUUUUGAAGGAUAUAAUCAAUUAAACUACCCAAAGACCUGGUUUUUUGUGUUUGUUGUGGCUAUUUGUGUUAUCACACAGAUGAAUUAUCUUGACAAGGCUCUGGAUACCUUCAAUACUGCAAUUGUUUCCCCAAUAUAUUAUGUCAUGUUUACUACACUUACCAUAGUUGCCAGCAUUAUUAUGUUUAAGGACUGGGAUGGACAAAGCGCUGGAAAUAUUAUAUCAGAAAUAUGUGGAUUUGUUGUGCUCUCUGGAACCAUUUUGUUGCAUAUUACCAAAGACUUCAAGAGAAGUUCAUCUUUAAGAUUCGUUGGAGGUAGUUACACUUCUUUAUCCCCUUCAUUAUCAGUUGGUUUAUUCAGUGGAAAUGGAGAGUAUUUGACGCAUGGAGAGGAGGAAGAUGAGGACUAUUCUGAAGAAAUUUGCUUGAGAAGCCAAGAGCUUUACGUCUAGACUGCAACUUUCAGCUAAAG